AUAAAAUAGAUGGGGAGAAGUUAAGAAUGGUAUAGGAAACAGAGAAUUCAAAGAACUUGCUUUUUCUCAAUGGGUUUGCCGCAGGAACACAGGUGUUGAGAAAACCACCACUAAAUCGAAGCCAAAAUGGGAAAGGGAAAGACUCACAUCAACAUUGUGGUUAUUGGACACAUAGUUUACAGCAAGUCUACCACUACUGGCCACCUGAUCUAAUGUGGUGGAAUCGACAAAAGAACCACUGAAAAAUUUGAGAAGGAGGCUGUUGAGAUGGGGAAGGGCUCCUUCAAGUAUGCCUGGGACUUGGAUAAACUGAACACUGAACAUGAAUGUGGUUCCACCAUUGAUAUCUUCCUGUGGAAAUUUGAGACCAGCAAGUAUUAUGUGACCAUCAUUGAUGCCCUAGGACACAGAGACUUUCUAAAAAACACGACUACAGGGACAUCUCAAGCUGACUUCGCUGUCUUGAUUGUUGCUACUGGUGUUGGUGAAUUCAAAGCAGGUAUCUCCAAGAAUGGGCAGGCCCAUGAGCAUGCCCUUCUGGCUUACACAUGGGGCAUGAAACAGUUGAUUGUUGGUGUUAACUAAAUGGAUUCCACUGAGCUGCCCUAUAGCCAGAAGAGAUACAAGGAAAUUGUUAAAGAAGUUGGCACCUACAUUAAGAACAUUGGCUACAAUCCUACCACAGUAGCAUUUGUGCCAAUUUCUAGUUGAAAUGGCAACAACAUGCUGGAGCCAAGUGUUAAUGUGCCAUGGUUCAAAGGAUGGAAAGUCACCCAUAAAGGUGGCAGUGCCAGUAGAACCAUGUUGCUUGAAGCUCUGGAUUGCAUCCUGCCACCAACUCAUCUAACUGACAAGCCCUUGAGUCUGCCUCUUCAGGAUGUCUACAAAAUUGGUGACAUUGGUACUGUCCCUGUGGGCCAAAUGAAGACUGGUGUUUUCAAACCUGGCAUGAUGGUCACCUUUGCUCUAGUCAAUGUUACAACUGAAGUAAAGUCUGUUGAAAUGCACCAUGAAGCUUUGAGUGAAGCUCUUCCUUGAGACAAUGUAAGCUUCAAUGUCCAAAACACAUCUGUCAAUAUCCAUUGUGGCAAUGUGGCUGGUGACAGCAAAGAUAACCCACCAAUUGAAGCUGCUGGUUUCGCAGCUCAGGUGAUUAUCCUCAACCAUCCAGGCCAAAUCAGUGAUGGAUGUGCACCUGUUCUGAAUCGUCACACAGCUCAUAUUGCUUGCAAAUUUGCUGAGCUGAAAAAGAUUGAUCGUUGUUCUGGGAAGAAGCAGGAAGAUGGCCCAAAGUUUCUGAAACCUGGUGAAACUGCCAUUGUGGAUGCAGUUCCUGGCAAGACCAUGUGCAUCGAGAGCUUCUCUGACUAUCCUCCUCUGGGCCGCUUUGCUGUUUGUGACAUGAGACAGACACCUGCCGUUGGUGUCAUCAAAGCAGUGGACAAGAAGGCAGCUGAAGCAGGCAAAGUCACCAAGUCUGCUCAGAAAGCUCAAAAAGCUAAAUUAAUAUUAUCCCCAACACCUGCCAUCUCAGUCUUACUCAGUGGUGAAAGAAUGGUCUCAGAACUGUUUGCCUCAAUUGGCUACUUAAGUUUAAUAGUAAAGGACUGGUUAAUGAUUACAAUGCAUCAUAAAACCUUCAAAAGGAAAGAAGAAUGUUUUAUGGACCAUUUGCGGCCCCUGGGGCUGAGAAGCAGCCAAGCUGCAGAGCUGGACCUUCUGCUGAGCAUAAGAAGUCUGAGGCUAAAGAGGACUCUGCAUCUGCCAGGACCCAGCCUAAGGCUCUACAAACCUUAUUGGAUACCUUUGACUUCAGGGAAGCUGCAUGAAGGCUCUGAAGGGGGUAUCCAGUUCCUGGAGAGUCUGAAGGCCUUCUCUGAGCAUCAGAAGAAGCAUUCUGUAAAAGCUCUGGCCCCAAUAUACAUCCAUCCACAACUGGCAGGCUGUGGCCCUGUUGGGAAGACAGUGUUUGUGGAGAGGGCUGCCCUGGUAUGA